AUGACAAAGAAGAAUGAAGCAUGUCCUAGCACAACAUCAUCUCAACGUAGUCUUGGCAAGCAAGGAAAAGAACCGGAAACCAUGAAAGACAAGGAAUGGGACUCGAUUGACAAGUUAGCUAGGGAGCCAUUUAGAAUUGCCUCAGGGAUGAAGUAUGAGCUCCUAAAUCUUCAAAUGGAGGAGGUUGCGAAUAUGAUGGAGCAUAUUAGCACCUUUAAUAGGUGUAUUACAGAAUUGCAAAAGAUGGAUGAGAUUUAUAAGAUGGAGGACAAGGCUAUGAUGUUGUUGACAUCCUUGCCUUCAUCAUAUAAGCACUUUCGAACAACGUUGAUGUUCUGUAAAAGUACUCUAAACUUUGAGGAGGUGGUGCAAGACAUCCUGACAUAUCACCGGAUGACUAUACGUUCUGGAGAAGGCUCUCAAGAUGAAGGUCUAGUUGAAAAGGCCGAAGGGAGGGGUCGAUCAAUGUGGGUCAAAGGAUCUCAUUUGAAGAAAAAUUGUCCUACAUGGAAAGAGAGGAGAAAAAAAAGGGAAGAAGCCAACAACACAGCUUGGGAAAAUGUUGGCGAAGUUGUGAUUGGGACGACUAAGUUUGUAGAGUUGAAGCUACAAGUACUAUCAAGGUACAUGCCUAAGUUGCGAAAUAAUCUUAUUUCCCUUGAUACUUUUGACAAGAAUGAUUAUUCCUACAAGGCCAUUAGAGGAGAACUCAUAGGUUUAAAGGGUUCACUUGUGAUUAUGAAGGGAGAGAUUCAACCUAACUGUCUAUAUAGACUAUGUGGUACAAUGGUGACAGGUGGAGCAGCUAUAUUUACCGAGAAUGACUUAGAGGAUGACACUAAACUUUGA